CGGUAUACAUACGCCGUCUGGUGUCAUUUGACGGCAGAGAUGGAAGAUGGCGGCCGGAGUCGGGUGUACAGGAAGCAUGUCAGAAAAAACGGGAUCAGAUCAAGGUUCUGACGAAUCUUCUGAAAGUGAAGGCGAAACAAAAUCAUUCCAUAGAAGGAUAUCUACCUCGAAAGCCAUUAAGAAUGGAGUAUGCAUUAAAGAAGAUUUUCUUAUGAAACAAACUAGUUCUUUUCAGAGAUGGAAAAAACGUUAUUUCCGUUUAAAACCACGGAAACUUUACUAUGCAAAAGAUAGAAAGUCUGUGAUUUUUGAAGAAAUUGAUUUGACAGAUUUAAGCAUUGCUGAAUGUAGUACAAAAAAUGUGAAUCAUAGCUUUCAGUUGAUUACUCCUUUUCGUCGUUUGAUACUUUGUGCAGAAUCUCGAAAAGAAAUGGAAGAUUGGAUUUCGGCAUUGAAAAAUGUUAGCAACAAAGAAUUUGUUGAGGGUAUAGACCAUCAUGAUUUUCUUUCUGGUCAGCAUAACUGGUAUGUUACUUCUCAUGCUCGUCCUACUUAUUGCAAUGUGUGCCAUGAAGCAUUAUCAGGAGUGACAUCUCAUGGAUUAUCUUGUGAAGUUUGUAAAUUUAAAGUCCACAAGAAGUGUGCUAUAAGGGCACCAAAUAAUUGUAAAUGGACUACUCUGUCAUCUGUUGGUAAAGAUAUAAUUGAAGAUGAAGAUGGUAAUAUUACAAUGCCACAUCAGUGGUUAGAAGGCAAUCUUCCUGUUAGUGCAAAGUGUGCUGUUUGUGACAAAACUUGUGGUAGUGUUUUGCGAUUACAGGAUUGGCGAUGUCUGUGGUGUAGAGCAAUGGUUCAUACAUCUUGCAAGCCUCAUUUUUCGGUGCGAUGUCCUUUGGGAGUUUGCCGUGUAUCUAUUGUGCCGCCUUCUGCAUUGCACAGCAUAGGAAAUGAUGAAGCUUGGGAAGCCUUAAGACCAAUGGGUUGCAGUCCAUUAUUAGUUUUUGUAAAUUCUAAAUCAGGUGAUAAUCAAGGUGUGAAAUUUUUGCGUCGCUUUAAACAGUUGCUCAAUCCAGCCCAAGUGUUUGAUCUCAUGAAUGGUGGACCAGGCUUAGGACUUCGAAUGUUCAGGGCAUUUAAUCCUUUUCGUAUUUUAGUAUGUGGUGGUGACGGAAGUGUUAGUUGGGUUCUCACUGAAAUAGAUAAUCUUAAUCUACAUAAUCAAUGUCAAGUAGGAGUGCUGCCAUUGGGAACUGGAAAUGAUUUAGCUAGAGUAUUAGGAUGGGGUUCAGUUUGUGAUGAUGAUACACAACUCCCUCAGCUUUUAGAAAAAUAUGAAAAAUCGACAAUAAAGGUUCUGGACAGAUGGAGCAUAAUGACCUAUGAAGGUACCAUGCUAACUUCAAAAAAAGCAAAUCAGAAUGAUCCAAUGACAGUUUAUGAAGAUUCUGUAGUAGCUCAUUUGACAAAAAUUAUUCAUUCAGAUCAACAUUCUGUGGUAAUCUCUUCAGCAAAAAUAUUAUGUGAAACAGUUAAAGAAAUUAUUACAAGAGUAGGAGCAGCAUAUGCAACAGGAGAUGGUGAACAAGAUAAAGAUAGUAUUUCAUACAAAGUAAAGAUUUAAUAUUAGAUAAUUUAUCUUAAAAUUAUUAAAUUAAGAAUUUUAUUUUAAUAAAAAUACUUAAUCAUGAAAGGAUGUAAUGUAUUUGCAAUAUCUUAUAGAUCAUAUAAUAAAAUAUUUUAAUGAUUUAAUGAAAAUAAUUUAAUGAUAUAGUAAAUAAAAUUGGUGCUCUUCCACUUCAUUAUCCACGUGCAAUAUGAUAUUGAUCAUGACUUUUGCAUGUGUUAUGCAAUGUGAUGGUGAAUAGUGUGUGCUUAAUGCUGUUUUUAGUAUUGGGAGCAAAGAUGUUUCACCCUCUGUGCUCUAGAAUGGACUUAUAGAAAGGGCAAUUUAAUGAAAAAAGGGGUUUGGAAUUUUCAUGUAAUGCAUUUUGAAAGGGGGAAAAAAGGAAAUAUAAGUUUGAGUUGUACAAAAUAUAUUAAAGAAAUUACCAGUUAUGUUAAACAGAAUUAUUAAUGUCUGUUUUGUUGUCCAUCUAAUUACAUGCUAUAUGUAUAGGAAAAAUUAACAAACUGGAUAACAGAACAUAUGUUUCUAUAUCUGUGCUUUUAUCCAUCUAUUUACAUGCUACACUUUAACUAAAAAGAAUUAAAGUGGAUAAGAACAUAGAUAUUAAUAAGUGUAUUUUGUUAUACAUCUGCAGUUUUUGCAUGCUAGACAUAAAAGAGAAGCAAUCAAACUGGAUAACAAAACAUACUUUGUUCUUCUUUUUAGUGUAAAUUUUAAUAGCUGCUUCUGUUAACUUAGUAAUGUUCCAAUUGUCAUUUCUUUGAAGUUCACUGAAUUUAUAUAUAUAUAUAUAUAUAUCAUUUAUCUGCAUCAAAUUAAGCAUAAUAUUUUAUUCAAAACUAUCAGAUUUAAAUAGAAAUAUAUCCUUUAUAAAGUC